AUAUAAAAAAAGAAAAAAAGUAAUUAUUUCGAAAAACAAAAAUGCAAGAGUCAGACGAAAUGAGAAAUACACUAUUAUUUAAAUAUUUGAUCAAGCCUACUACAAAAUAGCUAAAUAACAUUCCUUAAGCUAAUACUGGAAAUAAUAAAGAAAAAUAAUAACAACCCCUAAAAUAGAAACAACCUGAAAAGCCAUUUACUUAUGACUUUUCAAAUGAAUUAAAGUAAAUAAAAGAACAAACUGCUUUUUAAAGAUUUAACUAACCUAAUCAAUAUAAAGUACCAGAAUAGUUUUCCUAUUAAAAUAAGCCCUAAUAUUUAGUUGGAAAUAUUGAAAGAAUUUCGAAUAUAUUAAUUGAACCUGAAAAAUAUAUAGGAAAAGAAGGUACAAUAUCUGGAUGGUCCAAAACAGUUAGGUCUGCCGCAUCUGACACAAUAGUAUUCAUUGAACUAAACGAUGGUUCAUGCGUAAAGAACCUUCAAAUAGUAGUAAACAAGGAAAAAGUAGAAAACUUCGCUCAAAUUCUCAAAACUGGUAUUGCUACAUCAUACAGAAUCCAUGGUCUUUUUGUUAAAUCUGAAGCUAAAGGACAAGUGAUUGAAUUAUAGUUAACUGAAAAAAAUCAUUCUAUCUAGGUAAUAGGAAAUUGUGAUGCCAAAGUAUACCCAAUAGCCAAAAAAAAACAUACUUUAGAAACUCUUAGAGAACAUGCGCAUUUGCGUCCUCGCUCAAAUACUAUAGGAGCAGUUGCCCGUGUAAGAAAUAAUUUAUCUUAUGCAACUCAUAUUUACUUUUAAUCAAAUGGAUUUUAAUAUAUACAUACACCUAUUAUUACUGCUUCAGAUUGUGAAGGAGCUGGUGAAAUGUUUUAGGUAACGACUGUUUUACCUAAACCUAAUUUAGAAGCUAUCAAAAUACCGAAAAAUAAAAAGCAAUUAAUUGAUUAUACUAAAGAUUUCUUCAAAAAACCUUCGUUUUUGACUGUUUCUGGGUAACUUUCUGUUGAAACAUUUUGUUGUGCACUUUCUAAUGUUUACACUUUUGGACCUACUUUCAGAGCCGAAGUUUCCCAUACAACAAGGCAUUUAGCUGAAUUUUGGAUGAUAGAACCUGAAAUUGCUUUUGCUGAUGUAUAUGAUGUUAUUGAAUGUGCUGAAGGAUACAUAAAGUUCUGUUUAGAUUUUGUACUUAAAAAUAAUAGAAUGGACUUAGAAUUCUUACAAUAAUAAUAUAAACCCGACCUCAUAACUUAUUUAGAAGAUUUAAUAAAAAACCCUUUUGCUAGAAUAAGCUAUACAGAAGCUAUAUCAUUGCUUGAAAAAGCUAUCCAAGAAGGAAAAAUUUUCGAAAAUAAAGUGUAUUGGGGAUGUGAUUUAGCUACUGAACAUGAAAGAUUUAUAGCUGAAUAUAUUUUUAAAAGGCCUGUAGCUGUUUAUAACUAUCCUAAAGAAAUUAAGUCAUUUUAUAUGAAGUUAAAUCCUGAUGGAAAAACAGUAGCCGCUUUUGAUAUGUUAGUACCUUAAAUCGGAGAAUUGGUAGGAGGAUCUUAAAGAGAAGAAGUUUUAGAAGUUUUGGAAAAAAGAAUGAAAGAAUGUGACUUAAUACCAGAAGAUUAUUGGUGGUAUUUAGAUUUGAGAAAAUAUGGUACUGUUCCUCAUGGUGGAUUUGGACUUGGAUUUGAAAGAUUAUGUAUGCUUAGUACUGGCAUUGAUAAUAUCAGAGAUGUUAUUCCUUUCCCUAGAUGGCAUGGAAAUGCAGAAUUUUGA